AUGAUUUUUAACAGUGCUGAACCAUAUGCUACCAAAUUUUGUGACUAUCUUCAAAAGCCUAUCUUAACAUCAGUUGAUGCAGGUACACAGUUUAAUAAACCAUCAGUGACCAUUGAGGACAUAAACUCAGAUGAAAAAUGUAUGUUUUAUACAGGAGUGCCGAAUAAGAGUGUGUUUUAUGCGCUGUUUGAUGAAAUGGGUGAUGCUUCUGAAAAAACUAAACAAAAUAAUUCAAGUUCAAGUUCGGGUACAGGGCGCCCAAGAAGUCUUCGGCUUAUUGAUGAAUUUUUUAUGGUGCUUAUGAGGUUAAGACUAGGACUAUUGUUGGGUGACUUGGCAGACAGGUUUUUCGUAUCAAAAUCUACUUGCGGUGUUAUUUGUGAAAAGUGGAUUGAGUAUUUACAUUUAAAACUUUCAUUCUUGACUACUUGGCCUAGUAGAGAAAUUGUGGACAAAUUUAUGCCAAAAAAGUUUAGUAGGAAAUAUCCUAACUGCCGUGUUAUAAUUGACUGUACAGAAUUUUUUACAGAGACAAAUCAAUCGUUGUCAAACAAGUCACUGUUGUUUUCUAGCUAUAAAUCCCAUAUAACGUAUAAGGCUCUUUUAGGCAUAAGUCCUGCUGGACUUAUUACAUUUGUGUCGGACUUGUGGUCAGGAGGCAUCAGUGACAAACAGAUCACAAAACAAUGUGGUCUUUUUGAGUUAUGCGAAAGAGGCGACGCAAUAAUGGCAGAUAAGGGAUUUUUGAUAACAGACUUAACCACACCCUUAGGAAUAAGCAUGAUAUUACCCCCAUUUAAAACUCAUAGGUUUUCUCGUAGAGAAGUUGAGGAGACCCGUAGAAUUGCUAACUUACGCAUUGACGUAGAGAGGGCAAUGGAGCGUGUAAAAAACUUUCGCAUACUUAGUGGUGUCAUACCAAUAACUUUAUCCAAAAAAGUGUCAAAGAUAUUGAAAAUAUGUGUUGAUCUUUCUAAUCUUCAACCUCCCCUUGUUCAUGAUGAUCCUUGA